UUGAACAAAGUUUACAUGAUUGCCCUUUAUCCUUGAGUCUUACUUAUUUGCCAUCAAAAUUAGCCCUCCAACUCUUUUUUUUCCUAUCAUUUUUACACAAGGAGAUUCCUAGGCACAUAGUAUUGAGUAGAGUGGGCUUUCCUUUUGUGGUGCUUAUUAUUGCUCCCUCUCCCCCUUCACUCUUUCUCCCUAUAAGAAAUAUAUCUCAUCAUCAAAAGAUUUAAAGAGAAUAUACAUACAUUAUUAUUGUCAAACACUUCUUUUUUCUUCUUCUAUUUAUAUAAAUAUACUUUCAGAAAAAUAAAAAUCCAAAUGUCUGAAAAAGGGUAUGGGAUAUACAGCAAAGGAAGCAGUGGAUGGACAUCAUUCAAGAAGGAAGAGCUUCAAGAAGGGGAUGUUUGGGAUGGGUUCCAAGAAAGAGAAGAAUUCAGCUCAAGAUUGAUCACCACUUCUGCACCAGCCAAACAUGUCCCAAUCCCAAUCACCAAAUCAUCAUCCAAGAGCAGAACAGCCUCUGCUCCUGUCCACAUACCAGACUGGUCAAGAAUCUAUGGAGGCUCUUCAUAUUCUGCAGUGGAGGGUUCUGUGAAGAGCUGGGGAGCUGGCGAAGAAGACGAAGAAGAAGAAGAAGAAGAAGAAGAAGAAGAAAUUGAGCCUCCACAUGAAUGGCUAGCCAAGAAGUAUGCAAGGGAUCAUAAGAUUUCUUCCUUCUCUGUUUGUGAAGGGGCUGGAAGGACUUUGAAAGGAAGGGAUAUUAGCAGAGUUAGGAAUGCUGUCUUGACCAAAACUGGUUUUCUUGAGGACUCUAAUUAAUUAGGUAGUAUUCUAGGGGCAUAUUUGUCUUUCUGUUUUCUCUAUGUAAUUAUUUGCUUUUUCACAAAAUGUAAUGAAAAUGUAUGAUAGAUAUCUAUGUCUUAACCAGAAUAAAAUGUUAUUUUUUAU